AUGGCGUCGUCCGAGAAAGACCUUCGCGGGGGAGAACCCCACCAAUUCGACUCUGACUAUGUCGAAGAGAAGGAUCUCGGGAUCGCGCCUGAUCCUGCCAGAUUUCUCUCCGAGUCGCACAAGUCCUACCUGAUCGAGCGCCAUGGCACCCUCGAUCUCGAUCCCAUUCCCAGUAUGGACCAUGCGGAUCCAUACAAUUGGCCAACAUGGAAGAAAACUGCCAAUUUGGGCCUCGUCGCCUUCCACGCAUGCAUGGGCACCUUCACGGCCGCUGCAAUCAUCUGCGCCUACGAAGACAUCUCCCUGGAUGUCGGCGUCUCUCUACAACGCGUCAGCUAUUUGACUUCCCUGCAAAUUGCCAUCUUGGGUGGUGCUCCGUUGUUCUGGAAGCCCCUCUCGCAUCGUUUCGGACGUCGUCCAAUCUUCCUUCUGUCACUAAUCCUGAGCUGCGUGUGCAACAUUGGUUGCGCCAAGAGCCCGGACUAUGCCUCCAUGGCUGCGUGUCGUGCCUUGGUCGCAUUCUUUAUUUCUCCCGCCAUGGCCAUUGGUAGUGGUGUCGUUACCGAAACUUUUUUCCGACACGAACGAGCACGCUAUAUGGGUAUUUGGACCGUGAUGGUGACACUGGGCGUUCCAGUUGGACCAUUUAUCUUCGGCUUCGUUGCUCAACGCGUCGGAUAUCGUUGGAUCUAUUGGAUUCUGGCCAUUACAAAUGCUGUGGAAUUCAUUCUCUAUAUCUUCUUUGGACCCGAAACUCGCUAUAUCGGUGCCGACGUUCAAUCAGACUCGUCACCUUUCAAGCGAGAAUAUGUAUCCAUUCGACGAAUCGACCCCACACCAAUUAAGGUGUCCGAGUUCUACCACCCCUUGACCCUCUUCACCAACAUCCCAGUUCUCCUAGCUGCCAUCGCAUAUUCCAUGGUAUUCCUCUUCGCCUCGGUGUUGAACUCGGUGGAAGUGCCCCAGCUGCUCCAAAGCAAGUUCGAGCUCUCUGCCCAGGGCCUCGGUCUCCAAUUCCUGGGUUUAAUCAUCGGUUCCCUUCUGGGCGAGCAAUUGGGCGGUAUAAUGUCGGAUAUGUGGAUGAAUGCUCGAGCCAAGAAUAUUGGUCAUAAGCCUGCACCAGAAUACCGGCUGUGGCUAAGCUAUAUUGGCUUCCUGCUGGCGAUCGCAGGUAUGGUUGUUUUCUUGGUUUGUACCGAGCAGUCAAGACAGGGGGAGUGGUCUGUGAAGCCGGUUGUGGGAACUGGUAUUGCUGCGUUUGGUAAUCAGGUUGUGACUACUGUCUUGACUACCUACGCUGUGGAUACUUAUCCCCAGGACGCGGGUAGCGUGGGCGUGUUUAUCAAUUUCGUUCGGUCAACUUGGGGAUUCAUUGGGCCUUUCUGGUUCACUUCCAUGUUCGACAGCGUGGGUAUCGCCGCCAGUUCGGGCAUCGUUGCCGCUUUGAUAAUGGGCGCUAGCUUCUUCCCGACUGCCCUGCUACAAUGGCAAGGAAAGAGAUUAUACAGCCAUGAUAAUGAUAAGCUGUGA